CUAAAACUCUCAAACUGCAAUGCAUUGAAGCAAAUAAUUUCAAAGGAGGACAGAAUGCUAUUGCAUAGUCAAAAUCAACAUAUAUCCCUCCCGAAAUUAAGAUUUCUUGAAAUAGUUGGAUGCAAUCAACUAGAAUAUAUCUUUCCAAUCACAGUAGCUCAAAGCGUUCCACUACUAGAAACGCUUAUAAUGAGGAAACUUCCUAAAUUAAAGCAAGUAUUUGGCCAUGAAGAUGAAGGAGAAGUUGGGGAUGGGAAUGACGUCAUACUAUCUCAGUUGCGAUGGUUAAUCCUUGAGGACUUGCCAGAUUUUGGCAGUUUAUAUCGAGGAACUUGUUCUUCAAUGUGGCCAUCUUUGGAGGCGCUAAAAGUGGUGAACUGCCCUGAGAUGAAGUCAUCAUUUGCCGCUGAUCUGGAAACUAAUAUGCGAGCUCUAGGAAAGAAAUUAAAAGUAUUGCACGUGGAAAGCGGACUGUGUGACUUAGUUCUACUUCUUUUGACUCAAGGUUUGUUAAAUCUGGAAGAUUUGGGAAUUAAUAACUGUGAAGAAUUAGAAGAGAUGUUUAAGCCUGAAGGAUUUCUUUCCCAAGGAAAUCAUCAAGAACAAUUGUUGCUCUCGAGGUUAACAGUGUCCAGGUGUAAGCGAUUAAGAAAGCUCUUCACACUAACCAUUGCUAUAAGUCUACAGAAAUUGACAUUUCUUAAUAUAGAUAGGUGUGAUGAAUUAGAGCAUUUAAUUACUCAGGAUGAUCAGAUCUUACCAGAGGCUCAUCUCCAGCACACAUGCUUUCCACAACUAGUUGAAGUCAGUGUCAAUGAGUGCAACAAAAUGACGUGUCUCUUCCCUGUGACCAUUGCUGAUGGUCUUCUACGGCUACGACGUGUAGAAAUAAAAGGAGCCUCUCAAUUUGUGGAAGUGUUCGCCCAAAAAGAUGGAAGAGAUGGCCAAAUUCGAAAAGAUGUCAUACUCCCUAAACUGAAGUACUUAAGAUUCACACAACUACCAUGCCUUGUCAACCUUUGCCCAAGGAACUACCAUUUUACACUGCCAUCUUUAUAUCGCUUAGAGUUAGACGUGCUAACUUGUCCAGACAUCACUGGCUGUUUUACCCGAACUUUAGACGAUGUCGUGCAUGUAAAUGGAGAGUGCAGUCCUCCAGAUAGAUGAGAAAGAAGAGCUAGCCUGCAAGGCUCACAAUGAUUCACACAGCAAGACCCUGAACAACGACAAUGCGAGUUUUUGUAUAACGAUUGGCCACUACAGGCUACAUCUGUUCGGGGAACAACGACUGGAGUAAAUUGUUAUCUAAUAAUCUCAAGAGUCAAUAACAAUGCUCAUAAUCAUCAUCUAGAGGCCAUGUGAUGCAAGCAUACCGGGUGAUCGAUGCUUGUGGUGGGAUUACUAAGGUGCUACUUGUUUUCAGCUAUCGCUGACGGCCUUUGUUCUUGUUGUGAUGUGCCUCGUAUUUUCUGUUUACUUAGACGAAUAAUAAGUUUAGUUACAUGUUUGAAACUAUGUUGGGUUUAUUAGUCAUAUGAGAGAGAGAGAGAGAGAGAGAGAGAGAGAUCUAAGGGCCUCCCCCCACCAUCCAGCCUCCCUCCACCAUCAAACUACCAAAACUACUACUGGGAAAGAUUCAGAGCCAAAAAAAAUCCCCUAAAUCUUUGUUCAUAAAUAAAGAACCAGGAGAUGUCGUGCUUGAUGAAUUCAUAGAAAGAGGAGGACAAGAAGCCCAAUGAUCAAUCGUCUAAUAUAAAGUUUAAUGUGUGAAAUUAUUGUUGUCUUUGUGUUUCUAUAUGUCCGAUUUUGGUAAUGUAUUAAUUUAUUUGA